GGGGGAAGAAGACGGUGAGACACUCUGGACCGCGCAGGCGUGUUGUGGGUUGCUGCGAUGGCGCCGCCAGGUAUCUUGAACAGGUAUCUUCUGCUAAUGGCACAGGAGCACCUGGAGUUCCGCCUUCCGGAGAUAAAGUCUUUGCUUUCACUUUUUGGAGGUCAGUUCACCAGUAGUCAGGAAACUUAUGGAAAGUCUCCUUUUUGGAUUCUUAGCAUUCCCUCUGAGGAUAUUGCCAGAAACUUAAUGAAACGGACAGUGUGUGCCAAGUCUAUAUUUGAACUGUGGGGUCAUGGGAAGUGUCCAGAGGAGCUGUACAGUUCUCUUAAAAACUACCCUGUAGAGAAGAUGGUUCCAUUUCUGCAUUCAGAUUCUACAUAUAAAAUAAAGAUUCACACAUUUAAUAAAACAUUGACACAAGAAGAAAAAGUCAAACGGAUAGAUGCACUUGAAUUUCUGCCAUUUGAAGGGAAAGUAAAUUUAAAGAAGCCGCAACAUAUAUUCUCUAUUUUGGAAGAUUAUGGUUUGGACCCAAACCACAUCCCUGAAAAUCCACAUAAUAUUUAUUUUGGUAGAUGGAUUGCAGAUGGGCAGAGAGAGCUUAUUGAGUCAUACAGUGUCAAAAAGAGACACUUUAUUGGAAAUACAAGCAUGGAUGCUGGUUUAUCAUUCAUCAUGGCCAACCAUGGAAAAGUGAAAAAAAAUGAUAUUGUAUUUGAUCCAUUUGUUGGAACAGGUGGCCUUCUGAUAGCUUCUGCUCAUUUUGGUGCAUACGUAUAUGGGACAGAUAUAGACUACAAUACUGUUCAUGGCUUGGGAAAGGCUAGUAGGAAAAACCAGAAAUGGAGAGGACCAGAUGAAAACAUUAGGGCCAAUCUUCGUCAGUAUGGUUUAGAGAAGUAUUACCUUGAUGUCCUGGUUUCAGAUGCAUCUAAACCUUCCUGGAGGAAGGGCACAUAUUUUGAUGCAAUCAUCACUGAUCCUCCGUAUGGUAUUAGAGAAUCUACAAGAAGAACAGGUUCACAGAAGGAAAUACCAAAGGGAAUAGAAAAAUGUCCAGAAAGCCACGUUCCUGUUUCCUUGAGUUAUCAUCUGAGUGAUAUGUUUUUUGACCUGUUAAACUUCUCAGCAGAGACCCUCGUAUUAGGUGGAAGACUUGUCUAUUGGUUACCAGUAUACACACCAGAAUACACUGAGGAGAUGGUGCCCUGGCACCCCUGCCUGAAGCUCAUCAGCAACUGCGAGCAGAAGCUUUCCAGUCACACGUCAAGGCGCUUGAUAACCAUGGAAAAGGUGAAGGAAUUUGAGUGUUUUAAAUGAGGAAGCAAGAGAAGAGAAACUGAGGUCACUUGUUUGAGAAAAUGACUUAUGGAUGGCUUGAAGUGGAAGAAAUUUGACUUCGUAUAAGUAGUGGCAUUUUAGAGUGAUAGUAGUGUCGCUAAUCAUAAACUCUGGCGUUCUGCUGACUUCAAGCCUGUGCCUGUUUCCAUGAUGCGCUACCCUCUCCCAGGAUCAGUGGUGUUGAUUGUUUUUUCCUUAGGCAGCCAUUUGAAUUAAAGAUGGUCUCUUCCUGUUGACCUUUCUUUCUGAAAUAUUUUGUUUUUUUGCCUAUCCCUUGCCAGGGUGAUUGGGUAUUUUCCUUUUGAUCAGAGAGGGAAAGAUUAAAAAUUAGGUAUGAACUAUUUCGAUCCUAAGCCUAGUGGGAAAUAGAUGCUGCUUCGUUUAUCAGUGACAAAAAUAAGACAGAAUGACACCAAGAACGUGGUAGUGGGAUAUGAACUCAGUCUGUGUCUUAGUACAAUACAGUAUUCAUUAACAUUAAAAAGUGUGUGUGUGUGUGUGUAAGAGAGAGAGGUCAAGGAACAGAGAUGGAGAGAGAAUCUUCCAAAUUAUUUUGCAUUAGAAAUCAAAAGGAAGCUAUUUGCAUUAUUUUAAAAUUAUAGUUCAACUUGAGGUGUUUAUAAAAGGCUUAUAACCACAGAUAGAAGACUGAUGAUGCUAUAUAUCGUAUUAAUUCAGGUUUAAGGAUCAUGCCAUCUACUUACCAAGUGAAUUACUUUUGCUAUUAAUGGUAGUUUCCCUUGAAUUUAAAUUUGAGAGAGUCAUCAUUUGACUUUUUCUUUUAUAUUUCUGCAACUAAAUGACUUCGCCAGACCGGAUUUUCUGUUAAAUUAAUGCUAUCACAAUAUUUUGAAAUUACUGUUUCUGGUAAACCAGGUAAAAACAAAACUCUGUCCCCUACUUCCUCCAAGAAGGAAUCAUUUAAGAUACCUGGGUCUUUCUACUUAUGAUGCUACUUGGAUAUAACUCUCUUAUUUGCAGGAAAAAGCAGUUCUCUGAUGGCAGAGGGAGCAUUCGUCUUCAUGUUCCAGCUCUAAUGUUCAUAUUUUCAAACCAUGACGGUAAAACUGUCGUUAAUGUAUUGCUCUUACAGAAUCUUAGGCAGAGGUCAUUUGCAAACUUUAAAGUGUGAUCUGGGAGUCCAAGGCAUGAAUGGUUUAGGGAAAUGAGAAGUGUAUGUUCAGAGUCAGCGUAAUCCUCUGGAGCUUUUU